GUAUACGUAGGACUUCAUCGCAUUAUCAAGAAGAUUCAACGCUUCAAAAACAUCUUCAUUUGACUUCUUCUGCUAAAAAAUGGCACAAAACAAAGCAGCAUGGAUUAAGUCCUAUGGCGCAAACCCACUGGUUAUUGACGAUGCCCCUAUGCCUCGUCCUGGCCCAGGAGAGUUGGUGAUCAAGAAUUCGGCUUUAGCUAUCAACCCUGUAGAUUGGAAGAUACAGGAUCACGGUCGUUAUCUUAAUACGUAUCCUUUCAUCCUAGGGGAAGAUGUUGCCGGUACGGUUGAAGCUGUCGGUGAAGGUGUUGUAGGUUUUCAGAAAGGCCAACGGGUCAUUGCGCAUUGCCACGCCCUUAUGACUCGCGAUCCCUCUAACUCCGCCUUCCAAAACUACACUCUCGUCACGGAAAAGCUCACUUCAGCACUCCCGGACUCUGUCUCUUUCGCACAAGGAGCGGUUCUUCCAUUGGCUAUUUCUACGGCAUCAGCAGGCCUCUAUCAAAAAGAUACUCUAAAUCUUCCCCUCCCUUCCGCCACCAACAAAACUGAAACCGACAACAAAAACACAAUCCUAAUCUGGGGAGGAGCAUCUUCCGUCGGAGCCACAGCUAUUCAACUUGCCGUCGCUUCAGGACUGAAAGUCAUCACCACUGCCUCCUCCCAAAAUAAAGAAUUUGUUGAAUCACUUGGCGCACAAGUCGUGGUUGAUUAUAAAUCUCCUACCGUAGUAGAAGAAGUAGUAAACGCACUUCGUGGUAGCCAAAUCGCCGGAGUAUUCGAUGCUAUUUCCGAGAUAAAGAGUUUCGAAACCGUGCACAAGAUUCUGCAGAGUUUGAAUGUAUUUCCCAAGGUUGCGAGUGUGCUUCCGUUUGACAAGCCUACGGAAAAAUUCUCGCCUAAGUAUGUCACCGCUUUCACGAUUAUUCAGGAACCAAACCAAUAUGUUGGAGAAGCUGUUUGGAAGAAGUUUGUGCCAGAAGGUUUGGCGAAUGGAAAGUUGCAAGCAAAACCUGAGCCGUAUGUUGUAGGUCAUGGAUUGGAGGACCUUCAAAAAGCCUUGAACAUCCAAAGGAAGGGGGUUUCGGCAAAAAAAGUGGUUAUUACUUUGUAAAUCUAGUUCUCUACUGAGUCUAUAUCUUUCAACUUUUACCUUUAGAAGACCCAACAUAGAAGCAAUUUUCAGAAACGCAUAAUA